AUGGUCGCUUCUAUCGUGACUCUGUCCAUCGUCGUGCAAAUGUAUGAUGCGCUACUUUCCUUUAUUAACUCUGUUAAGUCUCGGGUUACACCGCCAAUACCCGACGUUGAAGACUUGGCUAAUGUACCUGCAGGACCGUCCAGUGGCCGGGAAGCCCGACACAGCUAUCUAAGUAGAACUACCGCUGAAUCAAAAGUUACGGAAGAUACAACGAGUGGGAAGGAGAAGCUGCCUCACCAAGAAGUUGAACAUCGUAGAGUUGAACCUGCAAAAUAUUCGCAUUCCAUAGCACUAAAACAUACAGGUGAUCGACCCCGGUCGAAUAGGUUGGAUCUUUCCGCAACAGAUGCUGAAGCUGUGAAAUCUUUGCAAGAGCCUUAUCACCGUUAUUACAAGCCUUACUUUCAAGGAUAUCUGAAUGCCAAAGUAGUUAAUUUUAUCAUAGCUAUGAGGAAGAAAUUUUCUUCAUAUGGUGACCUUCAUUCUAUUGAAUCCUUCCGGCCUUAUGUGGUAUAA